AUGAUAGAACUGUCAUCGCUUCACGUCCUCAUGCUCGUACUCUCUUCUAACUUGGCAAUGGGGAUUGCAUGAAGUUGAAAGUUCGCAGUUUGCGGAUAAAAACAUUAAACAUAUUUUAUUAUUCCUUAAAGAUUCGAGUUUUGAUUGUUAUUUCUUCGAGUGCGCGUUGGAGAGAAAUCUAAAAAUGUCGACGUGUCAGGCAAGUGAAGUCCUCUUAACCCAAUUUAUACUUUCUUCCUAGUUGCCGAAGACGAUGUCCUAUUUAGUACCGUCCAACUAAAUUUUUACAAUAAUAAAUGGCUGUGUUCAUCAGACUCGUGCAGGCAGCUCGCACGUUUGGCUACGUCUCUUGCCAGCGGUGGUCCCUGGCGCUUUUAUUUUUGCUAUAUGGUUGUUUACUUCUGCUUACUUGGGCAUUGUCGUGGCCACUGCGUUCUCAACCUCCUAAACUCAUUCCUUCUGCCCAAGUAAAGAAGGAAGUAGAUACAGGAAAUGUUCCAGAUCACUUGGAAGCUGUAAGAAUUGAACGAGAUGGGGAAAUCAAUAAAGAAUUUCAUAAGGAAGUGGUUGUUGGAGAUUUAAGUCCAAAUGUCAAGAAGGAGGAUCCCAAGAUUUUACUUGAAACUAUUUUUAACAAAGCUGAUACGAAUAAUGAUCACUUAUUAAGUUUGAGUGAAUUAUCUACUUGGAUCAGUGCUAAAAUACAAGAACAUAUAAAGCAGGCCUUGGAUGAAAACUUUGGGUUGUUUACUAGUAUUGAUAACAAUCCAAGAAAUGGUGUGGUAUCAUGGGAUGAGUAUCAUAGUUACUUUUUGAAACAGAAAGGUUUAAAUGAUAAAUACGUGGAAAACCAUGAUAAGAAGCAUAAAGAUUUGGACAGAGCUCUGAAAGAGGCAAUAAUGAGAGACCGAGCAUCUUGGUCAGAAGCUGCCCGAAAUGAUCCUGAUCAUUUAACUUUGGACGAAUUCCUUGCUUUUCGACAUCCAGAGUCAAGUCAUGCUACUAUUCUUACGCUUUUGACUGAAGAAGAAUUUGCAAGUUUGCCAACAGAACCUGAUAAUGAAGAAGAUGGAGAGCGAAUGCGACAAGGAGAAGCAGAAAGACGUCGUGAAUUUCGUGAAGUUAUAGAUGUGGAUAAAAAUGGAAAGGCAGAUAGAAAGGAAUUACUGAUGUAUAUAGAUCCUCGGAACCCUCGUCAUGCUCGAGAGGAAGCAGAGACUCUUUUGUCUCUAUCUGAUGUGGACGGUGACCAGCACUUGUCUCUGGGAGAAGUGUUGAACAAAAUGGAUCUCUUUUUAGGCAGCAAAAUGGUAGACACAGCAAGAAGUUUCCAUGACGAGUUCUGAUAUCCCAUUCCACCCACCUGGGGAAGUAACGUCACAGUUCUUUCUACAGAAAAUGCUUAGAAAAAUAAUGUCAAGCAAUGUCAUUUUAAUUAAAAUUUGCCUUCUCAAGGACAAAAAUGAAGCAAAUCCUUUUAAGUCAAUAUGAAUUGGAUGUUAAUAUGUAACUUUGUGUUGUUGGGUUUAAAAUAUUAUCAGACACCUUAAAACUCUUUUAAUCGGUACAUGAGUUAACGAAUCUCUGUAUCAAUGCGCAAAGGUUUCUGUGAAAGAUGGUUCGCAUGACCAUCUUUAUGGAAAUAUGCAAGCAGAAAGGUUGUGUAGAAAUGAUAGAACACUGACUUCCUUUUCUCCCUUAAAUAAUGAAGUAAAGCUUGCAGUACACCCCCUUUGAAUUUGUAAUAAGUAGAUGUGUAUUUUAAUGCCCUAAAACAUUGCCAAAAAUAUCAAUAAAAGGCUCUUAAAAUGUUUUUAAAAUGCUCUAAAAGCAAUAAAAAAUGUGAUCAAAACCAAUUCAAAUGAACAGUUCAAAUGAUAUUGGAUAUGUUACUGUUGUAAUUGAGACUUCUUCCUUUCUUUCAAGUGAACUCAGCUUGCUUACUUUUGGUAUGGACUGUUCCUUACCAGGAAAUAUUUUUCUUAAGUUAUUUGGAAAUCUUCCAAAGUGACUGGUGCUGUUAGAAAUCACAGGAACUUUAGGUUACAUACAACAGCUGACAUUACAAUUCCUGAGUGAAGAAAUUGAAUAGGGUUCUCAGGAUUUCUGAGAAGAACAUUUUUUGCAUCUCAGAAAUAUUAUUUCAGGCAAGUGCCAUUAAAGUGAUAGUAAAAUCGAUGGAAUCAGAGAAAAAUGCAUUAAAAAUGACAGGAAAAGGUAAAAAAAUUACUUAUUAGUCGAAAUAAGUAAAAAUUGCCAAACAAUACCAAUGAAAUGGCUUAUUUCCUUUUGUCUUAACAUAAUAUUAAUUUCUAUUCUAAAUGGCAUUGUUCUAAACUGAAAAGGAAAAAAAAUGACAUUUCAUUAAAAUCCGCUCCAUCGAAGUAAGUAAAUUUAAUAAAUUAUUAUAUAAUUAAUUAAAUAAUUCAAAUAUUUUACAUGAGUUUUUACUUGUGUAUAAAUAUAGUUAUACGAAAGAUAUUCCUUUUUUAUUUAUUUUAAUUUUUUUAAAUAUGUAAAUACAUUGUUAAAUUAGCGUAAGACUGGUUAAAAAUAGUGGGUAAUGGAAUAUUAAAAAAUAAACAUCAGCAAGGCAUAAAGCUAAAUUAACUCCCCAUACCCCUAAAUAACAUAUCGUAAUGCUUCCUCGAACCCCUCUCCUUUGUAAAUUUUUUUUUUUUUUUGAAUUUGCAGUGCUAGAAGUAGUUGUUUUUAUUCAUUGCUAUUCUUAAUACAAAGAAAAUUUCAAAAAAUAUUCUUCUCGAAAAUAAAAUGUUUCAAAAAUAUUCUUUUGCUUAAGAAGCCCAUUUUGUUGGAAAAUGAAAAUCAUUUCAGGGUAUAAUUCAAAGUUAAAACAAGAUUUGAUGGACAAUAACACUGGCAUUUUUAAAGGAAAUUCUCCCUCUCAUUGGGAUCAGGAAAUUCAGUUACGUUGUAACUGUUCAAAGGGGGGUUGGUUGUGGAUCCAGACCUUCUUUUAGUAAAACAUUCAUAUCUGUUUCGUUUGUUGUGACAAUGUUUUAAUAGGAUCACGUUUAAGUUUCUUUUCUGUAUUUGAUGAUAAUCAUAUUCAAAUUUGAGCACUAAUACAGGAGAUAUUUCCCAACAUCUGAAGAGUCUUUUAGUUUGGUCUCCCUUAUUGGCUAUGUAAUACUCUUGAAAUGAAAUAUCACUCUUCAUUGACAGCAGAUUGGCAUAGAUAACAUUCUCAGUUGGAUCAUGAACUACCUAUUCCUCAAAAGUAAUUGUAAUGGAUUGAUCUGUCUUUAAAGAAUUUAAACAUUAUUUUCAUAUUAUUUAUGUAAAAGAAUAUUAAAUUAAUCAUUAGAGCUACUUGUGUUCUGCCUUAUGCUUGAUGGGGUGUAUGUGAUCAAAUAUGAGAUAACUAGUUUUUGGCAGUCUUUGGUAAUUAUGAAACAAUGAAAGAUCAUUUUCAUAGGAUUGCGGAGGAUGUCUUGGCUUCCUUCCUAUAAUACGAAACAUCUGUAACUUUUGUGACAUUAAAACAUAAACUAAUUUAACAUGGCAAAAAAAUAUGCCUGCUAGUUUCAGAACGGAAAUAUCAAUAUUACAAGUGUUGUUAAAUGGACAACACUGCAUAAUACCAAAACCACCCUAAAUUGGAACUUUUUUGUCUCAAUCGAUUCCAGCUUAGACAGAUUUUACUGUAUUUACAUUACUGUCUGCCAUUAAUUUGAGACUAUGAGUGACUGUUUGACUGAAUAAG